GUGUAGCACAGUUGCCAUUUUGGCUUCCUAUGUUGUCUUUCGCCAAUCAGUGAUAGUAUUCCCAUUACUCAUGUUAGAUGCCAACAAUCAACCAGAAAAUUACCAAACCGCGCCACCACCAAACCACCCAACUAACAAGGCACCAGCAGCAACGCACACGUUUAAUUUGAAACUCUUUUUGGUGAUGCUAUCGAGGCGAGUCGACAUGUCAUCCAGCACAGUGCACGACAUGUUUCGGCAGUACCGCAAAUUAUUUUCGUCGCCACAUAGUGGAGAUAGUAAAUGGGCAGAUGGUAAAAAUGUUUGAUAGAGUCAUCCACAGCACAGCAGCUAGACGACGACGACGUGUCGCUAUCAAUGCUGGCAGUUCAAUUCAAAUUUUCGGUUAAAUAUUUGUAAUCAAUAUUGCGAGCAAAAUGCGUUUAAUCUACCUAUUGUUAUUGUUGCUGGCACUUUACUCCGUUGGCAGCUCAGCGUUGCGUUGUUACAUAUGCGAGGACUGCGAUGAGCAGUCGCUCCUUACGGAGCUGGAGACAUGCAGUGUGCCAGCCUUGGCAGCGGAGCAGCCGAGUGCAACUGGCUUGCCAGCUGCAGCAAGUCCCAGUCCUGUAUUGAAACCUAAUCCCUCCCCUGCGGCUAGCCCAGCGGCUCCGGCAGCUAGUGCACCUGCUCCAGCAGCUAAUGUGCCCGCUUCCAGUCCCAGUGCAGGUACCGCACCAGCAUCCUCGCCUGCUGCUGCAUCCGAAAGUGAGGAUGAGGAUGAUUAUGACAGCGAUGAGGAGGAAGCUGCUCCAGCAUCCACAUUGGGCAUUAUGCCCGCUGGAAGCAAUGUGGCUGGAGCCACAGCUGGAGCUGCAGGCGUGGCUGCAGGUGUUGCUACGGGAACAGCAACGGGCACAGCCGCUUCAGCCAGUGCACCAGCUGCUGCCGCAGCGGAUGGCGACAGCGAGGAUGAAGAAGAAGAAGAAGAGGACUAUGAUUAUCCACGAAAACGCAGCAUCAGUCGCCUGAAUCACCGACAGGUUCAGAGCACUCAACGAGCUGUUUGUUAUAUAGCAAGUCUUAGGCUUAAUGGCACGGAAAUAACUAAUCGUGGCUGUACCCUGGUCACGGAUGCUGAUCAGAACGACGCCUGCAAAUCUCUAUUUGACGGUUGGUCUGUGGUUGGGUGCCAACUAUGCGAAUACAAUGGCUGCAACUCACCGAUUAAUGCCGCCGUAGUGGGCCAAUGGCAUAGUAGCAGUGGCAAUGGACGUUCCUCGGGAAGAACGGCGCUAGCUAUGACGCUGCUGGCCGUAGUGGCUUCGUCGUGGAUCUGUAAUUGAU